CGCCCUCGCGCUAGCCCUCUCCGAUUUUCGGCAGAAGUACGCACGAACGGAGGACCCAUCGUAUCUCUUCGGUUUUUGCCCAGCACACUGCGGUUCUCUUUCUCUCACAAUUUGACCAGCCCCAGCUUCGCCAAUCGUUCCUCCCUUCCCGGUGAUUUACGCUCAGCCUCCGCCUUCCCUCUUACCCCGGGCAAGCCUAGAUCUUCGCUGGAUCUUGCUCACACAAUCACCUCUGCUAGAGUGCAUUUCAUAUCAUUUGGGAGGUCGCAGUAUUGUACGACAAGUCAAUUGCCCAAUUUGUCUAAUGAGCUCAUUAUGCUGCGCCACGUUGUCUCCCACACCUCUCGUCGAUGCGCUGCUGUUGGAAUCAUCAUUUUAGCUGCCACCUCUGACUCCUUGGAUGAAAAUAACUCUUCUCUUACACGAGCACCGAUUUCUUUUACCCCCAUUCUUCGUCAACUCUUCUUCCAUCCAACAGAUUUUGCAUUGCAGGGUUUUGCUUCUUCGUUCCUCUUCUCUAGUCCCGUCGGAGUCUCCUUUUCUUUUGGGAUUGGUUCUGUUUCACCUGAUAAUUCAAAAAAGGAAGAAUCUCGAGGAGAUGAGGUUGAAGUUAGGUGUGGCCCAGGAUGUCUGGGAAGAGAUGCUAUUGCUAAUGCUGCUGCCACUGCAGGUCCCUCGGUUGUCAAUAUAUCCGUUUCAAGAGGCAUUCACGGUUUGACUCUUGGAAAGAGUAAGGGAUCAGGAACUAUCAUUGAUUCGGAUGGCACUAUCCUGACAUGCGCUCAUGUUGUGGUAGAUUUUGAGGGCAUGAAAAGCAUCUCUAAGGGAAAGGUUGAUGUGACCUUACAAGAUGGAAGAGAAUUUCAGGGCGAUGUGGUUAGUGCUGAUAUCCAUUCUGACAUUGCUGUUGUGAAGAUCAAGUCUAAAACUCCACUACCAUCGGCAAAGAUUGGUUCUUCACGCAAACUUCGUCCAGGUGAUUGGGUUCUUGCUAUGGGCUGUCCGCUUUCCCUUCAAAACACAGUUACUGCUGGCAUAGUGAGCUGCGUUGAUCGAAAAAGCAGUGAUUUAGGUAUCGGUGGGAUUCGACAAGAAUAUUUACAGACAGAUUGUGCAGUCAAUGAGGGCAACUCUGGCGGGCCUCUUGUAAAUCUUGAUGGUGAGGUUGUAGGAAUAAAUAUUUUGAAAGUAUUGAAUGCAGAUGGAGUGAGCUUUGCAGUUCCCAUUGAUGUGGCUGUUAAAAUAAUGGAGAACUUGUUGGAAAGAGGAAGAGUUAUCCGACCUUGGCUAGGGCUAAAAAUGCUUGACCUUAAUGAUAUGGUCAUUUCACAGCUCAAAGAAAGAGAUUCAACAUUUCCAAAUGUCAUCAGAGGCGUUCUGAUACUUAUGGUUACUCCAGGAUCUCCAGCUGAACAAGCUGGAUUUCUGCCAGGUGAUGUAGUUGCUGAAUUUGAUGGCAAGCCUAUUUCGAGUAUAAAGGAGAUCAUAGAGAAAAUGGGAGAUAAGUUGGGCGUGCCGAUCAAAGUCACAGUUAAUCGAGCAAAUGACAAAGUGGCUGAUUUGACUGUUGUGCCGGAAGAGGCUAGCUAUGGUAGAUGAUCCAUUUUUCCUCGACCAAAAUUUCCAAGGUAAGCUUUUUGUUGAACUCCUCCUGAUGCCAUAUUAAAGGUUUACAAAACUUGCAAGGUGUAACAUAGAACAUAGAGUGAUUCUACAAUCUCCAAUUAGAUAUAAAAUUUUGA